AGGAUUCGUGAUGGAGACGUGGUAGCACGGCGCCAAAGCCACCUUCCUGGAAUGUGUUUCUUCAGGAAGAAAAGAGGUCACUGCCUUAUUUUAUGGAUGUCGCUGAAGUAGACUUUGAAGCUCUUUGGAAGCACAUCCCAAACUUGGCAUGGGAAACCACAGCAACAACCAUACCUGUUUGACAGAUGAUUCCUUUAAGUACAACUUGUACGGAGCCGUGUACAGCGUGGUCUUCAUCCUCGGUUUGAUUACGAACUGUGCCUCCCUCUUCGUUUUCUGCUUCCGGAUGAAAAUGCGAAGUGAAACAGCCAUUUUCAUGACAAACCUGGCUGUUUCAGAUUUGCUUUUUGUGUUUACUUUGCCUUUUAAAAUUUUCUACAAUUUCAACAGGCACUGGCCUUUCGGAGACAGCCUCUGCAAGAUUUCUGGUACAGCAUUUCUCACCAACAUCUACGGGAGCAUGCUGUUCCUCACCUGCAUUAGCGUUGACCGUUUCCUCGCUAUCGUCUACCCAUUCCGCUCUCGCACCAUUAGGACCCGGAGAAAUUCUGCCAUUGUCUGUGCUGGUGUCUGGAUACUGGUCCUCAGCGGCGGAAUUUCAGCUUCAUUGUUCUCCACAACCAACGUUUCCAACACCAGCACAACCUGUUUCGAAGGUUUUUCCAAACGGAUCUGGAAAACUUAUCUGUCUAAGAUCACGAUAUUUAUUGAAGUGGUAGGGUUCAUAAUUCCUUUGCUACUCAACCUCACGUGCUCUUCUUUAGUUCUCAGGACUCUCCGGAAACCUGCCACCUUGUCUCAGAUUGGGACAAACAAGGAGAAAGUAUUGAAAAUGAUCAUUGUGCACGUGGCCAUUUUUGUCGUGUGCUUUGUGCCUUACAAUUCCAUACUCUUCUUGUACGCCCUCGUGCGAUCCCAAGCGAUAGCAAACUGCUCCUUGGAGAGGUUUGCCAGGACCAUGUACCCCAUCACCUUGUGCAUCGCGACCAUGAACUGCUGCUUUGACCCCUUCAUCUAUUACUUCACGUCGGAAUCCUUCCAGAAGUCUUUCAACAUAAAAACCCAGAUAAAAAUGGAUUCUCUUUUCAAGACGGAGACACCUCUGACAAAGACUGCGCUACCAGCACCACAGGAUGAAAUAAGUGACCAGGCUAUUACGAACGGAGGAGACCCAACGUCUGAAUCGCAUUUCUAG